AUGCCUCCUGGCGCUCCUGGCAUGACGCCCUCCAGCGGACCGUCUUGCCUCUUGCUCUCUCACCCCAUCUCCUCACAUCCCCGAUUCCCCACUCCAAACCUCCUCACACCCCCCAAUCCGCACCGCAUGCCAUCUCCCCUGGGCGCUCCCUCACUCUUUCCACAGAACGCCCAGCCAGCGGGCAAGCUGGCGCUGCCGGCGGGCAAGCUGGCACAGGUGGGGCUGGACCCGUCGCAGCUGAACCGCCCUGACAGACUGCAGGACAACCGCGACCCCUCCCUCAUCAACCUGCUCAAGGUGCGACCUGCUCAAGGUGUGCCCUGCUCAAGGUGUGCCCUGCUCAAGGUGUGCCCUGCUCAAGGUGUGCCCUGCUCAAGGUGUGCCCUGCUCAAGGUGCGCCCUGCUCAAGGUGCGCUCUGCUCAAGGUGUGCCCUGCUCAAGGUGCGCCCUGCUCAAGGUGUGCCCUGCUCAAGGUGCGCCCUGCUCAAGGUGCGCCCUGCUCAAGGUGUGCCCUGCUCAAGGUGCGCCCUGCUCAAGGUGCGCCCUGCUCAAGGUGCGCCCUGCUCAAGGUGCGCCCUGCUCAAGGUGUGCCCUGCUCAAGGUGUGCACUGCUCAAGGUGUGCCCUGCUCAAGGUGUGCCCUGCUCAAGGUGUGCCCUGCUCAAGGUGUGCCCUGCUCAAGGUGCGCCCUGCUCAAGGUGCGCUCUGCUCAAGGUGUGCCCUGCUCAAGGUGCGCCCUGCUCAAGGUGUGCCCUGCUCAAGGUGCGCCCUGCUCAAGGUGCGCCCUGCUCAUGGUGUGCCCUGCUCAAGGUGCGCCCUGCUCAAGGUGUGCCCUGCUCAAGGUGUGCCCUGCUCAAGGUGUGCCCUGCUCAAGGUGCGCCCUGCUCAAGGUGCGCUCUGCUCAAGGUGUGCCCUGCUCAAGGUGUGCCCUGCUCAAGGUGUGCCCUGCUCAAGGUGCGCCCUGCUCAAGGUGCGCCCUGCUCAAGGUGUGCCCUGCUCAAGGUGCGCCCUGCUCAAGGUGCGCCCUGCUCAAGGUGCGCCCUGCUCAAGGUGCGCCCUGCUCAAGGUGUGCCCUGCUCAAGGUGUGCACUGCUCAAGGUGUGCCCUGCUCAAGGUGUGCCCUGCUCAAGGUGUGCCCUGCUCAAGGUGGGCCCUGCUCAAGGUGUGCCCUGCUCAAGGUGCGCUCUGCUCAAGGUGUGCCCUGCUCAAGGUGCGCCCUGCUCAAGGUGCGCUCUGCUCAAGGUGUGCCCUGCUCAAGGUGCGCUCUGCUCAAGGUGCGCCCUGCUCAAGGUGCGCCCUGCUCAAGGUGCGCCCUGCUCAAGGUGCGCCCUGCUCAAGGUGUGCCCUGCUCAAGGUGCGCCCUGCUCAAGGUGCGCCCUGCUCAAGGUGCGCCCUGCUCAAGGUGCGCCCUGCUCAAGGUGCGCCCUGCUCAAGGUGCGCCCUGCUCAAGGUGCGCCCUGCUCAAGGUGCGCCCUGCUCAAGGUGCGCCCUGCUCAAGGUGCGCCCUGCUCAAGGUGCGCCCUGCUCAAGGUGCGCCCUGCUCAAGGUGCGCCCUGCUCAAGGUGCGCCCUGCUCCUCUCACAUGCCUCAACCCAUGGGUCACAACCCUGGCCGCAUGUGUUCCAGCAAGGGAGGCAUCGUGUAUUCCAACAAGGUAACAACGGUGUCGCCCACAUAUGCCAGUGACAUGAAGACCCGUGAGCUCGGCUGCGGCCUCGAUGCCACCGUCGCCAUCCACAGCCAGAAGUUCGCUGGUCUGCCCUCCGGACUCGACCAGUUCGUAUGGGACCCGACCCGGGACCUCGCACUCCCUGUGCCGCUCGCAGCCUCGGAUCCCAUGCCUGGCAAGGCCGUGGCUCGGGCGGAGGUUCGGAAGAGGCUCGGGCUGCCAGUGAUAGACUCGGCAUCGGGGUUGGAGAGGGCAGUGGUGGCGUAUGUGUCGCCUCAGAUAGGCGAGGCGGAUGUGGAGCUCAUCAAGGGGGCGCUCGCAUGCUCCCUCGCCUACCAGGCCCAGUUUGUGCUGGUGGGGGCAGCACGGUCGCCCAAGGUGCAGAUGGCCCUCGAGGAACUGCAGAGGGUGCAGCAGGUGAGGCGAUGGGUGCAGAGCGGUGCAGCAGGUGAGGCGAUGGGUGCAGAUCGGUGUGCUGGGAGGUGUGUCGGCUCUGAGUCGACUCAAAUCUCUCUCUAUCUCCCCCCACCAACCACCCAUCAGGACCGCAAUGCACACGUGGAGAUCGUGUACGAGGAUGAUUUGGCGCAUCUGGUGGUGGCGGCGGCACACGUGCUGCUCUGCCCGCCCCUCCGCGACCCCUCCUCACACUUGCCGGUCAGUGCCCUCACGCGUACCUUUCAGUGCGAGCUUGGAUUGCCGCAAGGAUGCUUUCUCUAA